GACGCGCCGCGGCAGUGCCGAAAUCCUCCAGGGUGGUUGGCAGGUCCAGGGCCCGGCCGGUGGCUGGGGUCCCAGCGACCCAUCGCCAUGAAGCUGACCCGCAAGAUGGUCCUGUCUCGGGCCAAAGCCUCGGAGCUGCACAACGUGAGGAAGCUCAAUUGCUGGGGCAGCCGCCUCACAGAUAUCUCCAUAUGCCGGGAAAUGCCCAGCCUGGAAGUGAUCACCCUCAGCGUCAACAGCGUGUCUACCCUGGAGCCCGUGAGCCAGUGCCAGCAGCUGAGCGAGCUCUACCUGCGGCGGAACCGCAUCGCCAGCCUGACUGAGCUCUCCUACCUGAAGGGCCUGCCGCGCCUGCGGGUGCUGUGGCUGGCCGAGAACCCGUGCUGCGGCGCCGACCCCCACCUCUACCGCAUGACCGUCCUGCGCAACCUGCCAAACCUGCAGAAGCUGGACAACCAGGCUGUGACUGAGGAGGAACUGUCCCGAGCAGUGAUGGAGGGAGAGGAGGUCACGGCCCCCAGCAGAGAGGGCGUAGGGAACGGCAGGCCCGAGCUCUCCUAUGCCCUGAGUGCCAUGGACACCACUGCUGAGACCCCAGGGGACCGGCUGAGCUUUGGCGAUGAGGAGGAGGCAAGGCUCAGCGGACAGCUCAUCAGCCUGAGGCCCCCCGCCCGGGACCGGUUUCCUUCCUUCCCACAGAGGGAGGCUUCGAGCAGUCUCAAGAACAGGGAUAACGUCCUGACUGCCAUCUUGCUGCUGCUGCGGGAUCUGGACACUGAGGGGCUGGAGGCCGUGCACCAGACUGUAGUCAGCCGGCUGCAGGCCCUGCACAAGCAGGAGCUGCAAGAGGACAUGGAGUGACCCAGCAGGGACCCUGCCCUGAAGUCCCAGCGUCUUCCCAAGCACCUGAACGAUGGGGCAGACAGCCGUGCCGGACCCCAGGCUGAGCCCCAGCACACAGGAUUGGGUCCUCAGGAAGCCUCAGUCCUCCCAGGAAAGCCAAGCCGCCUCUCUGGAUGGCACCCGGAGAGAGCAGGAGGGGACUUGGGGGCUGGCCAGGCAGACCCCACUCCCACGCCCUCCUGUGUGGGUGGCUGGACUUGACCUGGGGCCCUUCUCCCCAGUAAACAUUUUCUAAAUUCUGACCUGGAAGCAGGUUUCCGAAGUGAUGGACAUGGCGCUCUUUGCAAAACUGAGAGCCAUUGCUCAUGCAUUUUCCCCAGCCAGCCUCUGGCUCGGCCUUGGGGCAGAUCCCUGGGCCACAGGAGCCUUCCCGCUUCAUGGCCUCCUUCCUGACGGUUCCCUCCUCAGUCACACUGGCAGACAUGCACAGCAUAGCUGCGCCGCCACUGCCACCUUCCACCUGGGGGUGUUUCCUGUGGCUGGCAGGCUGGGCACAAGGCACUCGACUUUGUAUGAGGCCUGCAGCGGUGCCGAGGGUUUGUGUGGACCCCGCGUAAGAGGCCUUGCAGGGGCAGGCCUGCCACGUCUGCCUGGGGGUUCAGGUGCAGCUGCAGGUGAAGCAGCCAGGUGGGGAAGGGUGGCCUUCUGGAAACUGCUCCUGGAAGGUUUUCUUCCUGUAGGAAGAGUGCAGGCCUUGGGUGUCACACAUGAUCCAGGGGGGGUUGCUGCAGCCAUGGAGGCCUCCGCCUGCCCAGGGAGCAGCACGGCGCACCCCACCAAGCCAUUAGAGACAAGUCCCUUCUUACCACUAUGGAAAUGCCCGGGGCUAGGGAGGGGGACAGGAUGUCAUUCCCGUUACCCCCUUCAUGUGCAAGGCAAGACACCAGUGAUGGCGUGCCGGCACCUGGCAGAUUGCGGCGCUCCUAAAUGAAGCUGCAUUGUGGGGCCAGCUCUUUUCAAAGGGCUGCUGAAGGCCUCCCAGUGCUGGCCUGGGGGAGCCCCGGGCAGAGGUAGGGGAUCCGUCUGUGGGGCUCUUGUGGUUUGUCAGGACAAGGGGGCGAGCUCUGAGCAUGGGAGGCCAGCAGCCGCCGCCUGGGGCCAUCCGGGAGAAUAGCUGUACGUGGGUCUUCCUGUCUCUAUGGGGUCUUGCUCUCCAUAAAGCUGUGCCUUGGUCAGAACAAGUUGGGGUGGUUGUGCUGAAUUAUGGACGCCCUCCCUUUCCUCGCUCACCAGGUGGGGCUCACACCAGCUUCCCUCCUGCGUGCCCCAUGACAUGAUGCACCUAGGGGACCCAUGAAUUGGACUGGCCAGGUGAGCUGCCUGCCUGCCUCAGCCCUUUGGCCCUUCACCGCCCCCCAUCCAGCUCCCUGCCAGAUCAGAGGCUCUACCAGCUCACUGGGCCCCCACUCCC